UCAUCUCCAUUUCCCCAUCCAUUCAAUCUCUUCCUGGAAACAAAAAUGCUUCUAACCAAAUCUUGUUCUUUCUCUGUUUCUUCUUCAUUCUUGCGAAGAGAGAAUGUCGGUUUAUCUCGUCCGUGUUCUUCGUUGAAGUACUCAAACGGGUUGAUCCAUGCUGUGAAGUAUCCACAGAGGAAGGAUGGUGGUGUUGGGGGUGUCGUUUUGGCUUCAAAAGAGGCUAACAAUAGACCCGUUUUGGACGUAGUGUUCGAGCCAUUCGAAGAAGUGAAGAAAGAUCUUCUUCUUGUCCCUACUGUCCCACAAGCCUCUCUCGCUCGCCAUAAGUACACAGGCCAGUGCGAGACUGCCAUUAAUGAACAGAUCAAUGUGGAGUACAGUGUCUCUUAUGUGUAUCACGCCAUGUACGCCUAUUUCGACAGAGACAAUGUUGCUCUCAAGGGCUGUGCCAAAUUCUUCAAGGAUUCAAGUGUUGAAGAAAGGCAGCAUGCUGAGAAGUUGAUGGAAUACCAGAACAAACGAGGAGGAAAAGUUCAGCUGCAGUCCAUUCUGUUGCCCCUAUCAGAAUUUGAUCAUGCUGAGAAAGGCGAUGCACUUUAUGCAAUGGAACUUGCAUUGUCCCUGGAAAAGUUGAACAAUGAGAAGCUUCUAAAUUUACACAAAAUGGCUAAUGAAGUAAACGAUGUGCAUCUGCUAGACUUCAUCGAAUCCGAAUUCUUGACUGAACAGGUUGAAUCCAUUGAGAAACUCUCACAAUAUGUCUCUCAGUUGCGGAGGGUGGGCACAGGACAUGGUGUUUGGCACUUUGAUCAGAUGCUCAGCCAUGAUCUGUUGGCUGCAUGAUGAAGAAUUACAGAAUAAACUUUAGUACCAUAUCAGUUUUCCCUCCCCACUUAACUUUCCGCAUGUGAGAGUGAACUUCCUGAAGUACCUAUGUUGGUUAUGUUUGGUAAUAGAUUUUAUGAUGCUUUCCCAAAGAUAGUUCUUAAUGAAAAAACAAAAGGCCAUUUCUGUAUGGUACUAUAUCAUAC